CUCCAUCUCUUGCGCUGCUGCUGGCUGCGCAAUCCGUGCACCCGGACUCUGACGCCAGUUGGGGACCGGGACUCCAGCUGCAGGGACCCUGCCCCAGUGAGACCACAAGCAUGUCAUCGGAAAAGUCAGGCCUCCCGGACUCAGUCCCUCACACCUCGCCGCCACCCUACAAUGCCCCCCAGCCGCCGGCCGAACCCCCCGUCCCGCCCCCACAGGCAGCCCCCUCCUCGCACCACCACCACCACCACCACCACCACCACCAGUCCGGCACCGCCACCCUCCCGCGCCUAGGGGCUGGCGGCCUGGCUUCUUCAGGGGCCCCUGCUCAGCGCGGUCCCUCCUCCUCUGCCACUCUGCCACGGCCCCCACACCACGCCCCGCCCGGCCCGGCCUCCGGGGCCCCCCCACCCGGCUGCGCUACCUUGCCCCGCAUGCCACCCGACCCUUACCUGCAGGAGACUCGCUUCGAGGGCCCACCGCCCCCACCGCCGCCUGCCGCCGCCGCCCCGCCCCCGCCGGCACCCUCUCACACUGCCCAGGCCCCCGGCUUCGUGGUGCCUACGCACACCGGGACGGUAGGCACGCUGCCGCUGGGGGGCUAUGUGGCCCCCGGCUAUCCCCUGCAGCUGCAGCCUUGCACUGCCUAUGUGCCGGUCUACCCAGUGGGCGCGCCCUAUGCAGGCGGGCCCCCGGCGGGAACAGGAGUAACCUCUACGCUCCCGCCACCGCCCCAGGGUCCCGGGCUGGCCCUGCUGGAGCCGAGGCGCCCGCCACAUGACUACAUGCCCAUCGCAGUGCUGACCACCAUCUGCUGCUUCUGGCCUACAGGCAUCAUCGCCAUCUUCAAAGCAGUGCAGGUGCGCACAGCCUUGGCCCGCGGAGACAUGGUGUCGGCCGAGAUCGCUUCACGCGAAGCCCGGAAUUUCUCCUUCAUAUCCCUGGCGGUGGGCAUCGCAGCCAUGGUGCUCUGUACCAUCCUCACCGUAGUCAUCAUCAUAGCUGCGCAGCACCACGAGAACUACUGGGAUCCGUAAGGACGCACCCCGUCCGGCCCCACCCUGCGCCCCUCGACCUCCCAAGCACAUUCUGCAAUCAUGCCGCGGAUCCAAUGGGCGCCCUGCACACCCGCCCCUGGGGCAACCGGACUUCGAUAGGUCCUAAACUCGGACUCCACAGAGCCUCUCGCCUUUUGGGCACGCUCCGAAUCCAGUUCCUCAGGAACCCCGCCAAAGCCCACACCCCUAGGACGCCGCUUCCCUGGAUCUCAGCCAAAUGCCGGCCUCCCGUCGCUCCAGACCCCCAACUCCUCUAAAUGCAGCGCCCCCAGCGGAGCUCCCUGGGUGUUUGCUCCGCAGUUUGGAGACCGGUACCCCAAACUCCUCCUCCUCCGUAGGUCGGGCCCCGGCUCUGACAAUACCCCGCCUCCAGGGUUCAUUAGCUCCUCGCGGGUGAUUCAGUGCUGUGAUUGGGUUUGUGGCCGCAGGCGGAGUUCCCGGACAGACUCCUCCCCUUCCACUGGCGCAAGAUUCCAGCUCUGGGGUAGCCACGAUCCCAGGCUCACUCCCAGUUUGUUUUUUCCUUUUUCUCUAGUACAGUUCGCGCAUCUCCUUCCCCCAAAUCUCCGCUGAUUUUCCUGCUAAUUCCAGAACUCCUAAUUUUGUUUCGUUUUGUUUUGUUACGAGAUUUGGGAGGUUCCUAGUUUAGGAUCCUACUCCCUGGGAUGAAGAUUACGCCCCGGUUGUCUGUAAAUACUCCAUUCCACCUUUCCCAACCCCUGAGCAGCCAGGCAGAAGGGAUCCCAGGGUACGGACCUUGUAAUGUCCGGAGGGAGCCGGCCCGCUCCCCACUUCCCUAGGCAGUCCCCACUUUAUUCUGAUCUGUGUGUGAGCGUGUGUGUGUGAAUUUCUGAAAGACAAUAUUAAAGAGUCUAAAUCGAUUU